ACUCUCAGCGACCUGACAAAUCUGUUCGCACCAAACACGCCCACAAUCUCGGCGCAUCCGACGCCUCCCAGAGCUUUGCAUACGCAUCGUACUCGAUACAGCACCUUUCGCUUACUGAGAGAGAUAUAACCAAGCCAAACCAACCAUGUCCGACCUCAGGAGGAGGGCGCUCGCGGGAGGCAAGACGGUAUCGCGCAAGGCACGGUCGAAGCCAGAGUCGGGGUUAUCUUCCGGAAACCACACCCCGAAUGGCUCUCCAGGGAACUCGCGCGCGGGCUCUCGGGCCAACUCGCGGCCUGGCAGCCGCUAUGCAUCGGAAGACGAGUACGCCAGCGAGUCGGAGAACGACGACAUCAUGACGAUCAGCACCAACUCGGUUUCUGGCGAAGACGACCCCGGAAAUACGUGGGCAGAACGGCUCCAAGACCGUGUUGCCGAGCUCCAAGACCGCAAGCGGAGCAGCGUUCAGGGACGGGAGGCCACGCUUGGAGCGUACAACCACCUCCUCAAACACCAUUUCGCGCAGCGGCAGCUUGACAAGUCCGUCGCCGAACUCAUGCCCAUCCUGCUCAGGGGAAUCAGAAACGGAAGCAGCGACGAAGAGCGUUUGCGGACUCUCCAAGCCUUCACCUUGACCGUCCUCACCUGCUCGCCGGAAACCAUUUUCGAGCAAGCGCUCCCGAUCCUGAAAGCGGCCUGCCAGGACGCAGACGCGGAGAAUGUCAAAGUGGAAGCCAUCUACGCGCUGUGCAUCGCUGUAUCAUAUGGAGGAGGAUCGAGUACCGCCGCGGAGGAGACACUCGAUUUCUUUCUCGAGAUCAUCGAGAGCGACGGCCAGUCGGUUGGCGCACCAGACAGCGGUGCAGUGGUCACGGCCGCGCUUCAGGCUUGGGCGUUCGUGGCGAGCCACAUGGAGGACCUGACGGUCCAAAGCGAGGCGGCCAUCGAGGCCUUCAUCGAGCAACUGGACAGCUCGGAUCCCGAUGUUCAGACCAGCGCGGGGGUCAACAUUGCGCUUCUUUUCGAGGCUGCGCGCGAGUACGAGGAGGAAACGGGCGAGAGCUUCGACAUGCAAUACAACCAGCACCGGAUCAUGACUCGGAUGGCCGAGAUUGUGCGUGACUCGUCCAAGUCGGUGUCGAAGAAGGGGCGUCGACACCUUCGCUCGAACUUUUCCAGCAUCGUCACAUCACUCGAGCGCGGCAAGGGGCCGGGAUACUCGACGGCCGGGCGUGCAGGGCCCAACCCGCACACUGGCGGGCCGAGGACUGACGAGCAGGGCGAGUUCCGGGAGUUUGGGUAUCGGGAGAGGAUCCGCAUUUACAACCAGUUUCUGCUCAUCAACACCUGGUCCCUGCACUCGAGAGCGGAGCUUCUCAAGACCUUGCUUGGCGGCGGGUUCGGCAUCCACUACCUGGAGAACCCCAUCGUCAAGGACAUUCUCGGCAGCGCAGAUGUGGAGUACAUCCCGAACGCGAAGUCAAGGAAGUGAGGCAUCGGUAAGACAGUUGGAAUUGCAUCAGAUUAUUGGCAUGAGAAAGAAUUUUUCCUCUUUUUCGGCGUCUCUCGGUCAGGAGUGAGUUUACAGAGCUUUUCCGAAUACGGAACUACCAGGUAGUUGGUUGCGCAUCCUUGAACGACCUUGGGGUUUGUACUGUAUUUGUGCUUCACCCACACGCAGGAGUCCGCAAGUCCGGGUUUGGGACAACAUGUCUUGUGGCUUUGC